AAAAACUUCGCCCGAGCGAGCGAGCAAGCAUCAUCAUGAUGAUCACCAACAACAACAAAAACCACCCCAACCACCCAACAGGAACCAACCUCGACCUCACCUAUCUCGAACACUCGAUCCGCUCUCGCAACAAAGAUGUAAUUCGCCACGCUUCCGACUCCAGAAAACCUACGAGAUUCUCUUCUUCUCGAUCAUCAUCAUCAUCAUCACUAUUCGUGAACAACGACGAAGACAAUUCCAUCAGACAUUAUCAACUCGAUGACGAGGUUGUAAAUUUUUUUCCUCGCGCACCUGGUGAUACUACUGCUGCUGCUGCUACUUCUCUUUUUAAGAGGGGAGGUCAUGGAAUUUGUGGAGUUUUGACGCUUUCGAGUUUGGUUUUGAUGGUGGUGGUGAUGAUUAUGGGGGGUGUGGUGGGGGUGAGGAAACGACGGCUGCAAGGACGACGACGACGUCAACGAUGUAUUCAGCGUAGGGGUCAAUGCGGAAGAAGAGAAGAAGAAGAAGAAUUUACACGAGGUGAUGAGGAGGAGGAGGAGGAGUUUGCGAAGAAAUGUUUCGUAUAUAAUCAGAAUCUUGAAAAGAGAAAUUGGAAUUUUGAUGCGUUGGAGCGGGGGUUGGGAGUGGUGAAAGAGGAUGAAGAAGAGGAAGAGAAAGAGGAAGAGGAAGAGGAAGAGGAAGCUGCUGGCAAGAAUGGGAAUCAGAAUCAGAAUGGACGACCUUUGAUACUACAUCAUCAUCAUCAUCAUGUAUCUCUGAAGGCGCCUGUGAUUGUUGAUUUGGAGGAUGUUUGAGGAAUAAUGUUGAAGUGUAGGGGAAGGGGG